AUGCACCACAGAUCGCCAUUGUUUGGCGGAACGCCUGGUCUUGAACCGGUUGCUCUGCGAAUUGCCCGCAUCAAUGAAGACCUUGCAGAACUUCAGGACAUGCUGGAGGUUGCCAUGCGCGAUAUGGAUUCCCAGCAGGCAGAGGCGGCAUUAGAAUUGCAGCGCUUGCGAGCGCGAUUGCUGGACGGACUGUGCCCAGUGAAAUUGCGCCAAAGUGAGCGGGUGAAACGCCUCGCCAAGCGCCUCGCGAGAUUGGAACAGAAUGUGGGACGUGAGCAAACUGAGUGCGUUAGAGUUAUGGAGGCCGUGCUGUCCACGGUCGAGAGGAACGGUGCUGUAGCUGAGGCUGUGUGCCAGCACUUGGGCACCAGACGUGCAGUGGGGCAUGGAUAUCAGGAUGAGGUCAGAGAACGAGGACUACCGCCUUCAGCGGCAGUCGAGGAUUACCCGGACCAAACAUUGCAAACCCUACGGGCCGAGCCUUCCGGGUGCAGAAAAUCCAAGGUCAUUGAUGAGCGCCAGGGUGAUGCAGGUGCCAUCAUUGAAGAGGCCAUGCAGGCCAUGCAGAAGAUGCUGGCCUCCUUAGAGCGCCACACGGAGGAGGCUACCCGGGAGGAUGCUGAAGGCUUCCCGGAACAGACAGAUGUUCCUCAUGAAGCUGGCUACCCUCAUGCAGACUGUGCUGGAGGUACCUUGUCCGAUGGCCGGUCCAUAGCAGGAUUGCAACGAGUCGUACAACCGAGCUUAGCUGAUGCAGAACCAGCGGAAGACACAAAACACGAACGUGUAGAAGCUAGCGAUGGGACAGGCGUGCAGAAGACUAAUGAAGCUGAUCCCAGUGGAACUGACAGUCUCCAGACUGUUCCUGCAAUAGCUGCUUUUAACUCAAACGGAGGUUCUGAGGAUGUAACUCCAGCUCCAAGAGGCCAGGUUCCACUUGAGACUAGCUCUGGUGGAGUGAUGGAUGGUGAUCGCCGUGCACCCAUUGUUGAAGUACGCCGUUUAUCUUCCCAAGAGGGCAGCGAGGAGGGAAGCAGUUCCGGUAGCAGCCCUACAGAGAAUCUCGUUGCGAAGCGAGUGACCAGCAGCGAUGCCAGCAGCAGCAGCGGCAGCGGAGUGAUUGAGCGCGAGUGA